AUGUUGACAGUGAAAACUCCACAGAAAGGAAAGGCCAGAAGGGAGCUAGAGAAACGCGCCCCAAAGAUCGUUGAGACCGGGAAGAAGACGCUGAUACUUCACGGCAGAAAGACGAGCAAUGUGGUGAAUUCGGUAUUGUCUGACCUUUAUCAUUUGAAGAAGGACAGUGCUGUGAAAUUCAGCCGCAGAAAUGAGGAUAUUAGCCCUUUUGAAAGUGGCGGUGAAACUUCCCUCGAGUUCUUUUCUCAAAAAACCGAUUGCAGCAUUUUCGUUUUUGGUUCUCACUCAAAGAAACGGCCUGACAAUCUUGUAAUAGGGAGAACUUAUGAUCACCAUAUAUAUGAUCUUGUGGAGGUUGGGGUUGAAAAUUAUAAACGGAUGGAAUCAUUUACAUAUGACAAGAAACUAGCACCACGUGUGGGGUCGAAACCUUUCAUUUGCUUUAUAGGAGAAGGAUUUGAGAAUGCAGGAGAGCUGAAACAUUUGAAGGAAGUUUUGCUUGAUCUGUUGCGAGGAGAGGUUGUAGAGAAAUUAAAUCUUGCUGGUUUAGAUCGUGUAUAUGUAUGUACAGCUAUAUCUUCAAACAAAGUGGUCCUUACUCUUUGUGCGCUGCGACUGAAAAAGUCUGGUACAGUAGUUCCAAGAAUGGAACUUGUUGAAGUUGGCCCCUCCAUGGAUUUAGUAGUUCGUCGGCAUCGUCUUCCUAAUGAAAGCCUAAGGAAAGAAGCAAUGAGAGAAGCCAGAAAUCAGCCUAGGAAGGACAAAAAUAUUAAACAGGACACACUGCGCGGCAAGGUUGGGAAAAUCAACAUCCCGAACCAAAAGAUUGGAGACACGGUGUAUUAUCACACAAAGGUUGGAGACACAUUUGUGCCUAGCAAAACCAAGGGAGUUAAAAGGGAGCGCCGUGAGGCUAGAAUGAAACACGAGAGUAAUGAGCGUGCACCAAAGGUUCAAGACAUGCUUGUGCCUAAGAAAUCAAAAAAAGCUAAAAGGGAACCCCGUGAAGCUGGAACGAGUGAGGAGCGUAAUGAGCAUGCAUCGAAAAGGCAGAAGGAGGGUGCUGAGUAA